AAUAAGUAUGUUGACGAAAACAUUUAAACAUAAUCAAAAUAAAACACUUAAUUUAGCAAGGAUUUUACUUUCCUUGUGUGUUGUAAUUAAGUGUAACGUGUUACUGUUUCUUUCUCGUUUAGAUAGUGUUCAUGGCGGCUCAAGAAGAUGAAAUUAAAAGUCUCAUGGAGAAAAAUAAUGAAUUGGUGCAAAAAGUUCAGUAUUGGAAGAUGACAGCGGCUCAGAGGGAAAAUGAGAAGUUGGAGCUAAUGAAAGAGAUCAAUGAGCUGAGACUCAAAGUGAUUCGCCUCAAAAGCGGCGGUGCCGCAGACGCACGCAAGCUGGAUGCUGCACUCCAACAAGCUAGCGAGCAGGCUCUCUCCCACCUUGUGCAGGCCUCAAGUGCCGUCGCACGCACCAUUGAGCUAGCCAAGACUUAUAUGAGAGACCGGGAAGGCGCAGACACAGUGUCUCCAAGAUGGAGUAACAUCAGCAAUUCCACUGAGAAGGUGCACCGGGUGCCUCCCAUGAUGAUGGGCGGACAGUCCAUACAGCCCGUAGUGUCACUUAGCAGGGCCACUCUCAACAUUAACACUUCUAGACAAACAGCUAGGAGUCCAAACUCUAGUCGCAAUGUUACCGUUAGAGCGUUACCAAUGCACAUGCUACAAGAUGUAUACAUUCCGCUGACGAGGAUAGACAUGAGGGACAUUCCAAACCACAACGAGACUGACCAAGAGGCUGCCGAUGACAGCGGGGACAACAUCCCGUUUGACUCAAGCAUGGAGGAGGUUGCCGAGGAACCUCAAAACCUGACCGACGAUGACGAUUACGAAUCAUCGCGAAGAUUAGACAUAGUGACGGAAGACGUCGAACCGGAGAGUGAAGAACAGACACCACCUAGAGCUAGAGUGGAAAAUCCCCUGGAGGGUCCCAGCUGGUUACUGGACGCGCCGCGUGAGCCUGACUCCACUACUGAAGAGGCUCUUAACACACCUACUAAUACUGACAGUCCUGAGGCUCUGCCGGAGCCGGACGGUGUGCCGGCGCGCGUGUUCACGCCCACCGUGCGGCGGCGCCGGCGCACCGCCACGCCGCCGCCCCCGCCGCCGCACACGAGAGACGAGCUCAAUGGUUCGCUCUCCUGCUCCCGCGUCCUACAAGUCCUUGUACCUAAAUUACUAGUGACAGAUCCGACUUCGCCGGCCCACAAGCGACUGAAACCGCGCUUCGACGCGCCCAGCCCUAACGGAGCCACUGACUCUCGAGUCAUCGUGUCGGAAGAAUUAGAAUCUCAAGCCAGAGAAUUAGAGUCAGGCGAGCCUAGCCGCACGCCCACCAAUAAACGCAACGACAGCAGACAGGGGCAAAACCAACAGGAGAGUUACAGGGACCAAGAGGGGCAGGGGCAACAAGAGAGUUACAGGAGAGACAGCGGCGACAGCGAUAGCGGAAGCGGAGCGGACAGGGUCAGCGAGGGCAGGACGCGGCGGAACAGGAAACCGGUCACUUAUAAAGAGAAGCCUUUAAAUCGGAAACUGCGGAGAUGAUAAGAGCCGAAUCAUGUUGUCUGUUGAUAACAGUCAACUGUAGGCGAAAUAUUUAUUGUUUUUAUUACUAUUUACGGUUACAGUUUACAGUGUAACAUUAUCUGUACCAAAAUUUAAUUCUUCCCACCUGUACCAAAAUUUACUUUUCAAGGGUCUGCCUAGUUUAGGACCCGAUAAUUGCGUUACAAUGUAAUUUCUAAAAGGUUAUAUUACAAGCUUUUAUUUAAUUUAAACGUUCGUAUGUAACUAUGUAAGAUGUCUUCAAAAUUGACUGUGUAGCCAGUAUUUAGAAAAUUGUUAAGAUCACAGUUGAUAUUGUUUGUUUUAGGGCCCUAUCACACUGGCGAGUUCGCCGCGAGCGCGCAACUAGUUCGCUAUUCGCUAGUGUGAUAGGGCCCUUAGUUUUAUUUUUAUAGUGAAAGUUAAAUUGGUAUUGUU